AUGCGGCGAUUGCGAUGCAGGGUCCAAUUUUCUUCGCUGUCCGCAAUGCCCAAAAAAAAGGGCAGGCAGUUCACCAGUCUGAUCUUUGUGAAGACCGGCUGGUCGGCCACCUCACCCUCUACCUCCUCCUCCGCACCAGCAUCCACACCACCCCUCGACUGGCUACCGGACACCUCACCACGCUACAUCUGCGCCGACUGCGGUGCACACCUCGCUCUCCAAGACGAACUCAUCUCGAAAUCUUUCAGCGGUCGGGACGGCAAAGCGUACCUCUUCUCCUCCACGCUCAACACCACGCUCGGCGCCAAAGAAGAUCGACACCUGCUAACGGGCAUCCACACCGUGUGCGAUCUGACGUGCAGAGGUUGCGGCAAAACCCUGGGGUGGUACUACUGGAAGGCGUGGGAACAGAGUCAGAAGUACAAGGAGGGGAAGUGGAUCAUGGAAAAGGUCAAUUUGGAGAAGGUGAAUGCUUGGUAA